AUGGUUCUCGUGUUGCCGUCGGCAAUUUGCCGUGAGUCCAUCCAAGGAAGUGACCGAGGCUGUCCGGAGGCAAUUAGUGGCCGUGAGAAGCUUGCUAGUGUUUAG